AAGUAUAAAAGUCUCUAUUUGAGCUUCUCCAAAUUUCUUCUACAAUUGUAUUCUUUGCGGUUAAAAUACUUGAGAGACCAUGCCUGCUUCAAAGAAGAGUUCUGAUUGCAGUCACAUUGGCUAUGCGUUCGAUAAGUUGUUGAAGCAAAUCGGACAUCCAGUUGAUUUUGAACUGCCAGAUUGGUUUAAUAAGUGGAAACCUACACCAUACACCUUUAUAAGGCGCAACAUAUAUCUUACAAAGAGGAUUAAAAGGCGCCUGGAUGAUGACGGCAUCUUCUGUUCUUGCACUUCAUCCUCCGGUUCUGGUGUUUGUGGCAGAGAUUGCCACUGUGGGAUGCUACUGUCUAGUUGCUCUUCUGGCUGCAGCUGUGGGAGUUCUUGCCUCAAUAAACCAUUCCAAAACCGACCUAUCAAAAAUUUGAAAUUGAUUCAGACCGAGAAAUGUGGGGCAGGCAUUGUGGCAGAUGAAGAUAUUAAGCACGGAGAGUUUGUAAUAGAAUACGUGGGGGAAGUUAUUGAUGACAAAACAUGCGAGGAGAGGCUUUGGAAGAUGAAGCAUCGUGGAGAAACCAAUUUCUACUUAUGUGAAAUCAAUCGUGAUAUGGUAAUUGAUGCCACAUACAAGGGGAACAAAUCCAGAUAUAUAAACCAUAGUUGCUGCCCCAAUACUGAGAUGCAGAAAUGGAUAAUCGAUGGUGAAACAAGGAUUGGCAUAUUUGCAUUGCGAGAUAUAAAAAAGGGCGAGCCUCUGACCUAUGAUUAUCAGUUUGUUCAAUUUGGUGCAGAUCAAGAUUGUCACUGUGGUGCGGCUGGCUGCAGGCGAAAGCUGGGGGUCAAACCUAGCAAGACGAAGAUGUCAUCAGAUGCUGCAGCAUUAAAGCUAGUAGCAUGCCAAGUGGUAAUGUCCUCUCUGACAAUGAAAGUUGUGUUAUCCGGAAUAGAUAUUAAGCAGAAUGGAAGUUUGCCUGCUGGAACUUCUCGGCAUGCUUAUAAUCAACAGCAGAUGCGUUUUCGAUGUUGCAUCGGUGAAGUGAUCAAAAUGUCUCGUCCGAUAAAUGAUAGUUACUUUGGGAUUAUUAAACGAUUCGACAAGUAUUCAAAAAGGCACACGGUCAUGUUCGAAAAUGGUGGCGUCGAAUUUCUCGAUCUCUCGAAAGAGGAUUGGGAGCUCAUCACUUUGUAAGGUCAACCAUAGGUACACCGCUGUUAAAGAAGAAAUGUUAGCGGAAAGCCUGAUACGCCGAGAAAAUGACCGGCUUCGGUUGCAUUCAUAUGCAAUGUACUCGUGUUGUAUUUUUUAUUCUGCACAAUGAGACAUCAGUGUGGUUAAUCUUUCUUUUACGAGUGUUUUCCCAUCUUUGUUGUACGAGGCCAAGGGAUGUUGUAUUUUUCUUUCAUUUUUGUUUAGGAAAAAAAAAACAUAAUCUUCCA